AUGUACCAGCAAGAGUGGCAGCAAGCUUUGAGUGCGAAGGCGACGGCGGACGAGACCAGGCUUCCGCACUACUCGAAACAGGAGUACUGGGAGCAGCGGUAUCGGAAUCAACUCGGAGCAUCGGAGUGGUAUCUCGGCUGGCCUCAGCUCAAGCGUCACCUCUGCGAUCCAGAUGGCAUCCUCGGCCCCUUGGCUCUGGUCCCACCUGCCCUCGUGUUGGAGUUGGGCUGCGGAAACUUCUCCCUGGUCCCCGGCCUUGCAAGCAGCGGCUUUGCAGCUUUGGGGACAGACUUCUCUCCGGCGGCGACAGCCGAAGCUGCUGCGGCUGCCAGAUCCGGAACCCCCGACUUCGCCACACUUGACGCAAGGGUGCUGCCCCUGCGGUCGGGCAUCUUCGAUGCCGUUCUGGACAAGGGCUGCUUCGAUGCUCUGAAAGCACACGACUCGCACGAGAUGCUGUUGGAAGCUUGCCGAGCGCUAGCCGCUGGAGGACGUUUCCUGUGUGUUUCAAACAAUGGUACACUUCUGCGAAGCCACGCCCGUAAAGUACCGGGCUGGAGGUGUGCGCUUGGCUCCCCUUUCUGCAUCCCUGACUUGGAUGACGAGCUUUACCUUCACUGCUACGUUCGAGAUGCAGAGAGAUUGCACAGCACCCUCUCAAGCAACACGGGCUAUGCGGUCCUCCAGCAACCUGAUUCUGGGCCGCGCGGCUGUACAGGGCCUUCACACCACAAGCUGAUUCCACACAAACUCCUAGUUUCUGUGCCUUGGGCAGACCGAGCCUCCGAUAUUGCAUUGCACGUGGCAGAGGGCGAGGAGCUGCAAGUGGUGGUUGCGCCAAACGGCGUGGAUUACGCGCAGUUGACCCCCACGUCAUGGCAAUCUGGGCCAGAGCCGACAGUGGCACCUGAAGCCGGGCUACGGCUGCGUUUGCCAAGAUACCUGCAGAUCGAGAGGACAGCCGGGAGGAAAGAUGGAAGCUUGCAGCAGGAGCCAGGGCAAAGGGGCAGCUUCUCUGCGAAGUCCAAGAUCUUGACCUUCUGGCUGCAUCCUGUGGGCACCACAUAA